UUGUAUAGUUUUAGUGUUUGUUUGCUUUGCUUAUAGAACAUUGUCGCUUUUGUUUUCCUUUAUCCUUUAUUUUUUUGGAAAAAAAUGAAUAGUGGUUUAUCUCUUUAUUUAGUCUGUCUUAGAUUUGGUUGGAUUUGACAAAAUAGCGAGACUUUGGGGAUUUUGUGUUUUAAUUAGAAAUUUAUGCCUGCCUUUACCCUUUUACGUGCUAUGCAAUUCUACAAUACCACUUCAAUGUUUCUCUUUUUUCAUUUUGGGACUUGUGGGGUGGAUUCUUAACGAGCUGGUGAUAUUGCUGAAUUAUGUAACUAAAUGGAUGGAUUGCAUACGCUUGUAAAUGUAUUGGACUGACUCGCCAUCUCUUAAUUAUGGAUAUGUUGACUUAUCUGCUGUCUGUUGAUGAUCUGAUGAGAUGAAUUAUCUCAAACUGCAAAGUGCCAACAUCUACGUUUGAGGAUAUGUACCUGCUAAACAUUGAAAUCUUUUUAUUUUAAUGUUUCCUACCUUUCUUCUCAGUAUGUUUUUUUAUUCUCCUUUUAUAAUCUUGCCCAUUUUUUGUUCACUAUUCAUUUUUCAUUUGCUUCUCAAGCAUUCCGUUUUGCUGCGUCAGCUUUGAUCAUAUUGCUUCUUGAAGAACUUGUUAUACUCAAAUGACUUUCCACUCACUGGUGGAAUGAUGACAUGGACCUGCAAGGUGUUAUCGUCAGAUCAAAAACAAGCCUUACCCAAAGUCACGUUAUUGCCGUGGUGUUCCGGAUCCAAAGAUCAGGAUCUAUGAUGUGGGGAUGAAAAAGAAAGGUGUGGAUGAGUUCCCUUUCUGUGUGCACCUAGUAUCUUGGGAGAAAGAAAAUGUGUCUAGUGAAGCCCUGGAAGCUGCUCGAAUUGCUUGCAACAAAUAUAUGGCCAAAUAUGCUGGAAAGGAUGCCUUCCACUUGCGUGUCCGUGUUCACCCAUUCCAUGUCUUGCGUAUCAACAAGAUGCUUUCAUGUGCUGGAGCUGAUAGGCUUCAAACUGGCAUGCGAGGUGCUUUUGGCAAGCCACAAGGCACUUGUGCAAGAGUAGCCAUUGGUCAGGUUCUUCUUUCUGUUCGUUGCAAGGACAGCAACAGCCAUCAUGCACAGGAGGCCCUCCGUCGAGCAAAGUUCAAGUUCCCUGGUCGCCAAAAGAUUAUUGUCAGCAGGAAGUGGGGUUUUACAAAGUACAGCCGUACUGAUUAUUUGAAAUACAAGUCGGAGAAUCGCAUUGUGGCUGAUGGUGUUAAUGCUAAGCUUCUUGGAUGCCAUGGACCUCUGGCGAAUCGCCAACCAGGAAGAGCAUUCCUGCAUGCUAGUGCUUAAGAUGUUGCUUAAAAUAUGGGAGUACCUGGCGAAGUCGAAGUAGUAUUUUGAGACUUUUAUUGUCAUUAAUGUUGGUGCGUGAUGAAAGAACUUUUGUUUUGUUGAAUUCUUAGUGGUAUCUUCCUUGGACUGUGCUUGGGUUUCAAGCAAUUCUUGUUCAACGUUUCCUUAAUGGCUAACAAUUACUUGGCAAUAUUGUGGAAUUUGCAACAUUUCAAUUCA